AUGGAAGACAAAAAAGGUCACCGAUUUCAAGUGCAAAUUUACCGGACUUCUCAAGCAUGUCAAGUACAAACUGCAAAAGAAAGGUGGUUCGCUGCUGCAAAGAGGGAUAACGUGUCGGAGAUCAAACGGUUGAUUGAUGCUGGAAUCAAUGUUAAUGAAAGACACUCUCUUGGAUGGACAGCGCUCCAUGUAGCAGCCAUCAACAAAAAUCACAGUGCUGUGAAAGUCCUUCUCCAAGCUGGUGCUGACCCCAAUCUAGGAGAUGACUUCACCAAUGUGUGGAACAAGUCACAGACUAUGGGCAUUCACUCAUUGCACGUUCUUGUUACAAGAGAAGAUGAGUUUAGUGACAGACUCAACAACCGAGCGACCUUUAAAGGCUGUACGGCAUUACACUACAGCGUCUUAGUAGAUGACUUAGAUGCUGCUAAGAUACUUAUAGAUGCAGGAGCCAACCCACUACAGGAGAAUGAGAAUGGCCACAUCCCAGUGCAAUACGCUAAAUCAGCUGCUGUGAAGGAACUACUUCAGAAUCACGAAAAAGAUUUUAAGAUCCUUGACGAGCAGAGAGCAGCAGAGGAGAGGCGAAGAUUUCCCUUGGAGCAACGAUUGAAGGAGUUCAUCAUUGGCCAAGAGGGCGCUAUAGCAAUGGUUGCAUCAGCAAUAAGAAGAAAGGAGAAUGGCUGGAUGGAUGAUGACCACCCACUUGUCUUUCUGUUUCUGGGCUCCUCAGGAAUUGGUAAGACGGAACUUGCUAAGCAGAUUGCUAGAUACCUCCACAAAGACGUGAAGAAAGGUUUCAUCCGGAUCGACAUGUCAGAGUACCAGGAAAAGCACGAGGUAGCUAAGUUCAUUGGUUCCCCUCCUGGUUACGUUGGGCAUGAGCAAGGGGGCCAACUCACCAAGAAACUGAAGGCAUGCAGCAAUGCCGUUGUGCUGUUUGAUGAGGUUGACAAGGCUCAUCCUGAUGUACUGACUAGCAUGCUACAGUUGUUUGAUGAGGGCCGACUGACUGACGGUAAAGGUAAAACCAUCGAGUGUAAGGGCGCCAUCUUUGUCAUGACGUCUAAUCUCGCUAGCGAUGAGAUCGCUCGUUAUGGAUUACAGCUAAGACAAGAGGCCGAGGAGAUUCAUAAACAGAGACAAGCGGGCAAGAUAGGCAAUCUGGAGAUUCCGGAGGACGUCACCGUCUCCAGGAAGUUCAAGGAGCAGGUCGUCCAGCCGAUCCUAAAGCAUCACUUCAGGAGAGAUGAAUUCCUUGGCCGCAUCAACGAGAUGGUCUACUUUCUCCCAUUCUCCAAGUCGGAACUCAUCAAGCUGGUCACAAAGGAGCUGGACUUCUGGGCAAAAAAGGCUAUGGAGAGACAUGACAUCAAUCUGAGCUGGGAUAGACAGGUCCUUGAUGUUCUUGCUGAUGGAUAUGAUGUACAUUAUGGUGCAAGAUCAAUCAAACACGAGGUGGAGCGACGAGUUGUGAAUCAGUUGGCUGCAGCGCAGGAACAACAGCUCAUCCAAAGAGGCUGCCAGCUUCGCAUCACUGUGGAAACCCCACACCCUGAAGAUGAAACACUGCCCUCUUCUGACCAAAGUCAGCACAGUCCAAACCCAUCAGUGUGCCCUGUGGUCUCUCAGCAUAGUCUACUGAGGUUGCAGAUCUUAUCAAAGGGCGGAAAGCAAACCCUGGAAUUGAAGAAUAUCCCGUCUCCAGAAAAGGUAGAUUUUGAGGCUCAGUUUUGACACUCUUAUUUUCAGAUAAAAAAAAAAAAAGAUUCAUUACUUUAGUGGGUUCAAUCCAAGGACUUUCCAGCUGAACUCAAGUUUUAUCCUUUUCAGUUUAGCCACGAUUUGUGAAGCCUGCCCUCUCUUGGCAAUGUUUUUCCAAUCGUGUAUUACAUUGUACAAUCUACCCCAAGGAUAAGGACAUGUAUUGCCUUUAUAUGUUUACAUAUGUACAUUACAAUUAACUGCGAAUCUCCAGAACAUAAAAGCCAUGUGAAAUGAUGCGAGGUCAAAGGUGAUUAUGUACUCAGCUCAACAGCAGAUCUCCCUGGUGUAAUUCAUGAGCCUCAAAGUGUGAUGUCAGAUGUUCAGGCUAAAUCUAGCCUUGUUAUACGAAAUAGCAAAGGCCAUUGGACAUAAAUAGGUGUAUGAAAUAAAACGAUAUACAAGGUUGGUGAAAUAAAACAACCUUUCAAGAAGGGCUGAAUAUUAUGCAAUCCCAAAUACUAUAGCUGUUCUUUAUGAACAAAUACUUUCGGAAAUCAUUUUAAAAUAAUAUCAAAUGAUCAUUUGCAGCAAUCUGUCCCGUUUUUGUUCUAUUUAUUGCAAAUACUCUAUCAUUAAUGAAGAGGAAAUUUAAACCGUUUAUAAUAAGGGAAUAGAAGAGUAGCGACGAGUUCUUCAAAGGCUGUUUAAAGCCGUCAGGGCAGGGUCGCGGCCGUGUGAUAAAGGCCCGAGCCGAAGGCAACGGCCUUUAUCGCAUGGCAAUGACCC